AUGGUAAGACCUAUAUAGCCUAAAGAAGUUAAAGACAUCAGGAUGUUCGUCCAAAUGUGCAGACCAGGCACCAACCAAAAAGCACAAGCCAAAUCUGUCACCAUCAAGAAGGUCGGCAAAGUCACAAAAUUCAAGCUUCGUUGCAAUAAGUACCUUUAUACUUUGGUAGUAGAUGAUGUGCAAAAAGCAGACAAACUUAAACAGUCAUUACCACCAAGUCUCAAUAAAAAGGAAAUAAACUAA